GGUACCUGAGUUGCCUUUGACAGACACGCUGUGUCCAAUCUCCACUUGGGAUUUAAUUGUCUUUAGCCAGGGGGCGGGGCCUCCUGUCAGCUCCACUUCUUGUGACCCCAGUCGGCAUAAAGGCAUUUGGUACAGAGGAAUGGUGACAGCCAAGAGACACACAUAGUUGCAGCCAUGAAGGAAAUCAUAUCACAAAAAGAGAAGCUCCAAUGCUUGAAAGACUUUCACAAGGACAUCCUCAAGCCCUCGCCAGGGAAGAGCCCGGGUACCCGGCCCGAAGACGAAGCCGAAGGGAAAGCACCCCAGAGGGAAAAGUGGGCCAGCAAGCUCGACUUUGUCCUGUCCGUGGCCGGAGGUUUUGUCGGAUUAGGAAACGUGUGGCGCUUUCCUUAUCUAUGUUAUAAAAAUGGUGGAGGUGCAUUUCUCAUCCCGUACUUCAUCUUCCUGUUUGGGGGCGGCCUGCCCGUCUUCUUCCUGGAAGUGGCUUUGGGACAGUACACAUCAGAGGGAGGGAUCACCUGCUGGGCCAAGCUCUGCCCCAUCUUCACUGGCAUUGGCUAUGCAUCUAUCGUCAUCGUUUCCCUGCUGAACAUCUACUACAUCGUGAUUUUGGCCUGGGGACUCUACUACCUCUUUCAGUGCUUUCAGCCAGAGCUUCCUUGGGCGAAAUGCAAUCAGCCCUGGAAUACAGAGCACUGUAUAGAGGACACAGUACGCAAGAACAAGACCCUCUGGCUGACAGCCAAUGCCACCAACUUUACCUCCCCUGUCACAGAGUUCUGGGAACGCAAUGUUCUAAGUAUAUCCACCGGGAUUGAGGAUAUAGGACCCCUGAAGUGGGACUUAGCCGUGUGUCUCCUGGUUGUGUGGGUGAUCUGCUUCUUCUGCAUUUGGAAAGGAGUCAAGUCAACUGGUAAAGUCGUGUAUAUUACAGCGACUUUCCCAUUUGUGAUGCUCAUUAUACUUUUGAUUCGCGGUGUGACUCUCCCUGGAGCAGCUGAGGGGAUCAAAUUCUAUCUAUAUCCUAACUUGACUCGUCUCCAGGAUCCAGAGGUGUGGAUUGACGCAGGAACACAGAUAUUUUUCUCCUACGCCAUUUGCCUGGGCGCCAUGACGUCCCUGGGGAGCUACAACAAGUACAAAUACAACUGCUACAGGGACUGUUUGCUGCUUGGAGGCCUCAACAGCGGUACCAGUUUUGUGUCUGGCUUCGCAAUAUUUUCCGUCCUGGGCUUCAUGGCACAAGAACAAGGGGUGGACAUUGCCGAUGUGGCAGAGUCAGGUCCAGGCUUGGCCUUCAUCGCUUACCCCAAGGCGGUGUCCAUGAUGCCGAUGCCAACUCUGUGGGCCAUCCUGUUCUUCAUCAUGCUGCUUCUUUUGGGUCUUGACAGCCAGUUUGUAGAGGUGGAAGGACAAAUCACUUCUAUUGUGGACCUCUAUCCAUCUGUCCUGAGGAAGGGUUACCGCAGAGAGAUCUUCAUAGCAGUGAUGUGUUGUAUAAGCUAUAUCCUGGGACUCGCCAUGGUGACAAAAGGUGGCAUGUAUGUAUUCCAGCUCUUUGACUACUAUGCAGCCAGCGGUGUGUGCCUUUUGUGGGUUGCAUUCUUUGAAUGCAUUGCUGUAGCCUGGGUUUAUGGAGCUGACAAUUUCUAUGACGCGGUUGAAGACAUGAUUGGCUACAGACCGAACCCGUGGAUGAAAUGGAGCUGGACCUUUAUCACACCUGUACUCUGCAUGGGCUGCUUUAUCUUCUCCCUGGUGAAGUACAAGCCUUUGACGUAUAACAAAGUGUAUGAGUAUCCUGACUGGGCCAUCGGCCUGGGCUGGUGUUUGGCCCUGGCCUCCAUGAUCUGCAUCCCAAUGGUGAUGGUCAUCAAGAUCCUGCAGUCUGAGGGGCCUCUGAUUGAGAGGAUUAAAGCAGUGGCAGCACCGGCGAAGUCAGGCGUGAGCUCUCGCCCGAAAGAGUACAACGUGAAGUGCAGCGAGCUGACACAGCCCCUGGACCCAAACGGGAACAAUGGCUUGAUCAAGCCCACCCACACCGUUGUAGAAACAACGAUGUGAGCGCUCUCUGUGAGAGGAAUACGAUUGAUGUGCUUUCUGUGUUAUCAUGUCGGCUAACUUUGAUAAGGGUAGGUUUACAUUGUCCAAUAUAUUCAUAGUAGAUUUUCUUUGGAUUGAUUUUUAUUAAGAGAGAGAUAUAUAUUAUUGUUUUAAUUUUUUCCUCUUGUAAUUUUUGUUUCCUUUUUUUGUUUUUCUUUUUUUUUACUCUGUUGAUAUUGUUCAUGUUACAAUUGUUGCUGUAGUUGGCACUGAUCUAAGCUUAGACAGUAUUUUGAGAGAAAACAUGCACAUUGUUUACUAUGUCUCUGUUGAUUCCAGAAAGCUGAGGAAUUUGACGUGUUUUGCUGUAAUGGGAGGAAAUUGAAAAAGUCUCAAAAACUGAGUUUCCAAUUGAAUUAUUAACUGUGACAUUUUUAGUUUUCUUUUGAAAAUCAUUUAAAACACUCAUGUGAUCAGCUAACCUUUUAAUUAACUCUUAGUUUUUUGUGCAACAACAAAAAUGAAUUUGCGCACCCCCUCAAGCUACGUUCACACCGUCCCCGGCUACGCACGUUCAAGCAGACACUUUCAAUGAAAAGUCCAUACAAACGCAUGCAAAAGGUGUUCAAAACUUUUAUGUUUUUCGACCGUUUUCGGGCUCUACGUACAAAAUGUGCAACCAUUAAAAGCUAAACCAGGUCCAACUUUGGUAGUGACCCACGGAUGGCGUCUUUUUUGAUUCAUGGAAGUGCCAAAGUUUAAAAAUUGAUCAUGAAGGAGAAAUUAAUAAUUAUGGUUUGUGCCCGUACAAAAAUUAUAUGAGACUAAAUCUUUUCAUGUAUUGGAAUAGAGCUGUGAAAGAAAAAACCUGGAUAAAAAUUCACAGAAUUUAACAUUUUGAUAGAUGAUACUUCUAAAAAGUAUGAAAAAAAAAAUGAAAGAAGGAGAAGCCCCUCCUUGAUUGUCCAGUGUGAACACCAUCCUGAACACACAUUUACCGCAUUCUUGAACACGCGUCAAGGCCCGGUGUGUACGUAGCUUCAAAGCACAUAUCUAUAAUAAGUGUUGUACGGAGUUAAUCUGGCUCUGCACUCUUUGAGUUACAUGUUAUACAAGGCCUCGGUCGAAAACAAAACUAUUUAUCCCAACAAACGAAUCAGACAAAUCAGCAAACGAGCAGAAACAGCUAAAAAAGACAUGCAAGGAGAAAAGGGAAGUGACAUUUUUAGAGUAACUGUACACUGCCUGUGUGACUACGAUAGUCCGCCCCAGUGCAUUUAUUAUAAAAAAACCUCUAUUUGCACUUUAUGUCAUUUCACCUUUACUGUGGUAUUUGUUCUAAUAGUGUAUGGAUUUGCACUUACAUUUGCAAUAAAUUAAGGGAGGAAAUAUUUUUAGCUUCUUUUUAAUAUAGUGAACUUUGAUUUAGUGUAAGUAGUUUCUCUACUUGCUAAAGGCAAAGGUGAACUGGAGUGAAAUGACAUCAAACACUCUGAAUUAGACUGAUAUGUGGAAUCUGUGAGGUCGCCUAAACGCGUUACUUUUGUUCUUUAAAGCCUGACAGCUGUCUCCUCUGUGCUCAUUUCUUUCCGCAGCUGGAUUGCUCUGCAGCACUACCACUGGAUUUUAGUGUGUAAAGUUCUGUUUUAUUUUUAUUGUAGAAUGUGAAUGUUUGUAAAUCACACAUGCCUUUUUGUAAAAAAGAAAGAAAAAAAAAGUUUUAUACAGGAACAUGAUUUGAACACCGUCGUGUGGAGAGCUCACCUACGUUUUCGAAAUGUCAGUUGUUGUAAGCUUAAAUAAUUAGGCAAUAAUCAGAUGAAGCAGAUGCAAUUUUUUGCUGAUUUUGAAAUAAUACGUUUAAUAAAAAAUACACAAUUUAACUGUUUUAAAAUGGAUUUAAUCAACAGUUUAUUUGAUCAGAUACGAAGUCUGAGGAGAUUGUUUUCCUAAGCUGCCACAGGACCUCUCUGUGUGCUACUUGGAAAUUGAAAUGUACCAAAGUUGUUUUGUCUCGCAGUUUUCCCCUCCAGGAUGCAAACUGCAUCUUUUUCUUUGUAGAUGAAAAUAAAUAUGUUUUUCUUUGGA